AUGGUCAAGUUCUCCAUCCUUACGAGCGUCUUUGCUCUGGCCUCGGCCGUCUCGGCCCAGUGCGGCUCCGGCACCCCUGACGCCCGGGUCACCAGCUCGGGCAGCACCUUCACGGCCACCCGUGGCAGCUCCACCGUCUACUCGGGCACCGACUACCGCGCGGCCAUCCAGGCCGCCGUCGACUCGAUCAACUCGGGCCAGCGCGUCUCCGUCAUCGCCUCGGGCAGCAUCGGCGCCAGCACCAUCUCCAUCGGCAGCGGCAAGAUCUUCGAGGGCUGCGGCACCAUCAACGUCUCGAGCCGCAGCGGCCGUGGCGCCAUUGAGUCGGUCAACACGAACAAUGUGCAGAUUCCCUUCCUCACCAUGACCGGUAGCCCCUACUUUGGUCUCCGCUUCUACGGCACCAGCGGCCUCCGCCUCGGCCGCAUCACCAUGAACCUGAGCGCCGGCCUCGGCAUCCGGUCAUCGCCCGCAACUGCGGCGAGGCCGGCCUCCUGA